AUGGCUCGGGUUAACAGUUGGGAUGGUAAAUUUCUAUCUAGAGCCGGCAAGGAAAUCCUUCUGAAAACUGUGAUCCAAUCCUUGCCCACUUAUGCUAUGAGUGUCUUCUUAAUACCUCUUGGCAUCUGUGAGGAUAUUGAGAAGCUUAUGGCAAGUUUUUGGUGGAAAACGUCUGCAAGUAAAGGUCGUGGUAUUAUAUGGAUGUCUUGGGAUCGGAUGGCAAAACCCAAGUUAGAAGGCGGCCGAAUAUUCAAAGCAAAGUAUUUUCCUACAAGUGACUAUCUUUCGGCCGACUUGGGAAAUAAUCCCAGUUUUGUCUGGCGCAGCAUUUGGGCUGCUCAAAGUGUGGUUCGGUACGGGGCUGUUCGUAUUAUUGGAAAUGGGGAAACUACUAGCAUUCUCUCUUCACCUUGGCUGCCUGACAAUGAACAUAGACUUGUAACUUCAACUCAUCCCGCUCUUUUGAACAACACUGUGAGUUCUCUUUUCUCUCCUGAGGCUCGGAUUUGGGAUUAUGAGCAAUAUUUGAGACUAUUAUUCACGCUCUCCUCACCUGUCCUUUUGCUAUGGCAUGUUGGCAUACCCUUGGUAUCACUUAUGAUACGCUUCAUCCUUUAUCUUUUGGUGGUUGGUUUGAGAAAGUACCUUUGGCUCUUGAUGAUGAGAAAGCUUCACGGGCGGUAUUUGUGCUCGAUUUGGGCAAUUUGGAAGGCUCGUAACCUUGUUGUUUGGAAAAGUAAAACAUCCUCACGAUCUGAAGUCAUUGCAUCUGCACAAAUAACUCUUGAUCAUUGGCGUAACGCUCAAGAUAACACCACACUAUCUUCUUUAUUCUUCGAGAAUGAAGGAGAUGGAGCUGAGCGUUGGACUAAACCCGAAGCAAAUAAAAUCAAGAUAAAUGUAGAUGCUGCACUCUUUCCUCAGGAUAACUCUUAUGGGUUUGGGAUUGUCGCCCGAGACAGCUCUGGCAGUCUCAUUGAGGCUCAAACAAGGUACUUUGGCGGAGUCUAUGAUGCGGAAGUUGUUGAAGCGAUGGGAGUCAAAGAAGCUCUGAGUUGGAUAAAGAGUAAGAAUUGGUCUGAUGUGGAAAUUGAGACGGAUAGUAUGCUUACUGUACAAGGCAUUCGUAGUAAUUAUACCUUGAAUUCUAUCUUUGGGUUGAUUAUUCAUGACUGUCAGCUUUUAUUUUCCUCUCUCAAUAAUGUUAGGAUUUGUUUUAUUAGACGAUCAGCAAACCGAGUUGCCCAUGUUGUUGCAAGGCACUCUCGCUUUCUCUCUGGUCGUAGCAUUUUUGAGCAUAAUGCUUGGGAUGAGCUAUCUUCCCUCAUGUAUUCUGAAUGCUAA